GGCUCAUCCUCAUCCUCGUCUCUAUGUACUCCAUCACGUUGACCAACCAUUGAACCAACUGUGCAUCACUCCACACCACAGGCUCCAAAUCAGCAUAUUGAUCCUUCUUUGAUCCUCUUGGCUUGAAUGACCGGAGACCUCAACUUGUCUCAGAAAACAUGCCUACUCUUAAAAGGAAAGUGAAAGAACAUGAAAGAAAAAACAAGGAAAUAGGCAGAAAAUGUUUUAAAAUCAAUCAAAUGUUUUCAGGAAAAAAGAAGAAAAUAAAUGCAGCAGAGUUAGAUCCUGUACCCAGCACCUCUGAUCCUGUACCCAGCACCUCUGAUCCUGUACCCAGCACCUCUGAUCCUGUACCCACAGAUAAUCAAUGCACUUCCCAAGAUAAUUCACUGGCCACAGUUAACACAAAUUGCAGCAAUGUAGAUGACUCGGUAUCGACGUCAUGUAAUGUCAUUGUUAAUGAAAACACCAUAGAUGUGCAUUCUCAAUCCUCCGUCUCUCUUGCCAACUGUUCUCAGAAUUUAGAGUGCGACACCUCACCCCCUAUUAUUUUGGAUGAUGACCUAUCUGAAGAAAGGUGCUCUUCUAAUGAAGAUACAGAUACAAUAAAUGACAUUGGUGCUUCUCCAAAAAAAAAGUCAAAACAUAAAGUUGGUUUCCAAAUAAAAUGGAAAAGAGAGUUUCCGUGGCUUAGUUGUAAAAAAAAUGGUGAAAGAGAAUCUCUACUCUGCAAGCUGUGUUUAAAACAUCUGUUGAACGACACAAAAUACAACAAAUCUCCAUGGAUGAAUAGUGGGAUGAGCACAGUAAGGCGCGAUAAAAUUAAGGAGCAUUCUGUUUCCGAGAUGCACAGGGCGGCAAUGCAAACUGAAAUAAUCUGUUGUAAUGCUGAGGCUUCACAGAACAGAAAAAAUAGACCAGAGUCAGAGGAAUUCAAAGCUGUGGAAUGUGCUAUGAAGUGCCUGGAUUUUCUAAUCCAGCAUAAUGUACCACAUACAACUGUUUUUAAACCAUUUGUUGUUUUCUGUAUAGAAGAAUUAAAGUCUCCAGUUUUAGCCCCUCUGAACAAAUCUAAAAAUGCCUCAUAUACAAGCUACCAAACAAUCAACGAAUUUGUUAAUUCGAGUGCAGUGUUCAAAGAGAGAAAGUUAUCUUGUCUUUACAGAAGAGUCCAUCAUUUUCAGUUAUGUCAGAUGAAACUACUGAUGUCAGCAACAGAAAACACUUAG